AUGAAUAAGGGUUUCAGUAAGAACGCUAAGCUUGAAUCAAAGAAGCCUACUCGUCCGGACGUGAGAACUUCCUCACAGAAGCCAAAUGAUAAUUGGAUGACUUAUUUAGGUCUAACACCAAAGACAAAUGGAUCCCCUGCAAAUGAUGUAGAACAAAAGGGGUCACAGGAGCAAAUGAAUAAGGGAAUAUCUAGUAAGGAAAUCGAAUCUUCUCAAAACAAGUCUAGUACAAGUGUGGAUCAAACUUCGCAAAAGAAGUCUGAUAGCUGGAAGAAUUAUCUUGGCUUGGGAACAAAGCAUGCGGCACCAUCAUCAGGUAAUGAUGCAUCAUCACAGGAGAAGCCUAAUGGUUUACAUACAAGCACAAGUGAGGAGUCCAAGAAGCUUGCUGCUGCUGCUCUCUCUGCAGUUAAGGAUGCCGCAGCUGCUGCCGCAAUGAAGGGAAAAGUUGAGAUAAUGGAGGUUCGGGAUUUUGCUGGUCGGGAUAUCGAGGUGACGAAGCUAGUUGAUGCAGACUCAAAAGAGGCAGCCGAAAAGGGGAAAGCAGCUGCAGCACCCUCGGCUGUGGAUGCUGUGCUCGAACAAAUCAAGAAGAAACAAAAGCUGAGUGUGCUGGACAAGACAAAGAAAGACUGGGGAGAGUUCAAGGAGGAGAAUAAGGGGCUUGAAGACGAGUUAGAAACGUACAAGAAGAGCUCAAACCAGUAUUUGGAUAAAGUUUCGUUCUUGCAACGAACGGACUAUAGGGAGUUCGAGAGGGAGAGGGAUGCCAGGCUGGCGAUGCAAGCCAGGAGACGAACUGAUAUGCGCGAGGAUUAA